UCAAGAUCACCAACGGAGGAAUUCGCGUACAUAUUUUUCAGAGGCAUUCAUGUAAUCUUGUUUUGUUAAUAUCACACAUGUAUAUAAAACAAUAAAACUCUUAGGCCAAUAUUCACUUUUAGGAAUGUCGUGCAGGCUUACUUCGAAACAUGUAUCUGUUUUAAGUUUAUAACUGUAUAAACUGUGGCAACGGUUGGCAAUGUUAUACGUAACAAUCUAAUGGACAGGACGCCAUAAUGGAAUCAUUGGUGGGUUAUGGAAGUGACGACGAAAGUGGUGAAAAUUUUCAAGAUACUAAGCAUCAGAAGGACGACCUAGGUAGAGGUAUGGACAGGAUUCGGCAAGGUGAAGAAGAUGUGAACUAUGACAAUGUGCAGAUGGAUAUGAGUGAGGAGUCCAACAAUAACCACACUGGUAGUAGCAAUGAGGAUGAUAAGUCUUCUACAAAGUCGUCAUCAUCGUCUCGUUCAUCUCGAUGUUCUGACAACUCUUUGGCCAGUAUUGGAGGUGGUGAACGAGGUAAUAGGGGAGAGGACCCUGCGAAGGAAGGGAAAUCUGGAAAUGGGAUGACCCCAACAGAAGCCAGCAUCAAACGGCAAGAGGACAGUAGACACAAGAUAGAAGAUAGGCACAAGGAGAAAUCAUCUAAAGGAAGAUCUGACAGAGAAAAGAAAGACCGUCAUGAAAGUCGUAACAGCAAGGAGCAUGGUCACCGUGACUACAGAGAAAAUGAGCACUCUGGACACAGUAAAAGCCGGGAUCGUGAUCGUGCAAGGAGAGAAGAUAGGAGAAGCAAGUCUCAUAGCAGGGAGCGAGAUAGGGAAAGGCGGAGGUCACAGAGUCAUGACCGAGGAAGCAGAAAACGUUCACACAGCCCUGGAGACAGACAUAUUUCAUCUCGUUACAGGCGCUCACAUAGCCGUGAGAGGGACAGGAGCAGGCGAUCCUCACCGAGCAGCCAGCGACAUAGGUCACGAAGUCGUGAUCGUGACCGUGGCAAAUCCAGCAGCAGCAGUAGUGGCAGCAGCAGGCGAGGCGGCUACGAAAAGAAGCCAAACAAGUUAACACUCCUAGAGAGGUUGGGCAUUGAGCUGAGGCCACCUGAGGCCCCACCAGCAGUGACACCCCAGCAGUUACUGCAGAAGUCAAUUGAGCAGCAGGUACAGCAAGUGAAAACCAGUACUGGCAUUGAGCUGCCGAAGUAUUACAAUCCUGCGGCCAUGAAUCCUGCACGCUAUGCUGAGCAGAUGCAGAAACGGAAACUGCUAUGGGGAAACAAGGCACAGACUCAGGAGGGGAAAACAGAGGAAGUGAAGGCUGCUCCAGUGUCAAACAAUAAGUGGGAAGGAACAACAUUUGCCCAAGACCAGGAUGGAAAAAUGACUGCUAAGUUCAAGCGGCUUAUGGGCAUAAAGAAUGCUGGAGGGUCCAGUGGUGCCACAUCAAGUGGCCCACCCACUAAUCCUGAGGGCAGUGAGAUCUUGAAGAAGCAAGAGGAACUGUUCAACUCGAUGGAGAUACAGUACGAAGUUGCUCGUGUUGCUACCCACACACAUCGGGGGGUAGGGCUGGGUUUUGGGACUUUCCAGUAUCCUCGAUAGCAACAUGUUUGUUGUGUGACCUUGAAAAUUCAGGGUACCUAAGAUUGCAGGGGACAAUGUCUGAAGAAUAAUUAUUUCUUUUAUGCUGAAGUAACAGGCUUCUAGAGAUCUGUAUAGUACAAACUUGACCUUGGAAGCUGAAAAUGCUGGGAAAGGCAACUUAUAGUGUUCACUGUAAUAAGAUGCCCAGUCUUGAAGAACACAGUGCAUCAAGAUACCAGACUGGUGUUUGCACAUAAUUUUGCUUGUGAUCAUAUAUGCAGAAUGUGUUAUGUGUAUGAGUAGUUAGAGCUAUAUGUGUGGUGCACCUCUAUUCUGACUUUGUGGUAUCUUUGUGUUGAAAGUUGUUUCAGUUGUGUAUUGAAAAUAUAUAGGAUUAGAAACAAAGUAAUUUUGUGGAUGUGAUCGUGACAAUAUUUGAAUAUGUGUAUCCAUUUAUUUGACAUGGGAUGUCAGAGAGCAGUAAGGCAUAUUGAUAAUAAAUAUGUAAAUUUAAUGUGUAAAAUAAAGUAGUCAUAUUGUUCUCUUCUUCUA